AUUUUUGAAAGUCAAUCCGCUUCGAUCUUUGUAAUCCUUGUUUUAAAUGCAUAUUGUUUAGCGCCUGUCUCUGAGAUACAAGGAGAGCUUGCAUCCUCUGCGAGGCUGCAGCUUACCCGAUGCGAGUUUGGGAAUGUUUUGCCGUAUUGUUUAGGAGGCACGUCGAUUACUAUGAGGAAGAUCCCUGACUGAUGAAUGUGAAGCUGCCCUGCGUGACCUGGUCCCUGGCCAUGCUGACAGUGAUGUCCCCUGGUAAUCCCUUCCGUUCUCCAGCAGUGGGGGUGUAACGGGAUGCAGGACCCCAUAGGAUCUACAGCACCACGGCUGUCAUGGUCCACAUUCACUGCUUGUGUGAGGCAUGGAUUCUGUUGGUGGAUCUCUGAAUCAUGAGACGGCAGCCUCCUCACAGCUGAAUGCCCAGAGUUGAUCAAGAGACACGGAGGCUGAAGAGCACCCCUCUCUACAUGUGUAGCUGCUGCUGUGAAACCAUUCCAUGUGUAGUGUUGGACUGUGGUGCAGAAUCCAAUAUGAAACCAUGCCAUGUACAGUGCUGUGGUGCAUAAUCCAAUAUGAAACCAUGCCAUGUACAGUGCUGUGGUGCAUAAUCCAAUAUGAAACCAUGCCAUGUACAGUGCUGUGGUGCAUAAUCCAAUAUGAAACCAUGCCAUGUACAGUGCUGUGAUGCAUAAUCCAAUAUGAAACCAUGCCAUGUACAGUGCUGUGGUGCAGAAUCCAAUAUGAAACCAUGCCAUGUACAGUGCUGUGGUGCAUAAUCCAAUAUGAAACCAUGCCAUGUACAGUGCUGUGGUGCAUAAUCCAAUAUGAAACCAUGCCAUGUACAGUGCUGUGAUGCAUAAUCCAAUAUGAAACCAUGCCAUGUACAGUGCUGUGGUGCAGAAUCCAAUAUGAAACCAUGCCAUGUACAGUGCUGUGGUGCAGAAUCCAAUAUGAAACCAUGCCAUGUACAGUGCUGUGGUGCAGAAUCCAAUAUGAAACCAUGCCAUGUACAGUGCUGUGAUGCAUGAUCCAAUAUGAAACCAUGCCAUGUACAGUGCUGUGGUGCAUGAUCCAAUAUGAAACCAUGCCAUGUACAGUGCUGUGGUGCAUAAUCCAAUAUGAAACCAUGCCAUGUACAGUGCUGUGGUGCAGAAUCCAAUAUGAAACCAUGCCAUGUACAGUGCUGUGGUGCAGGAUCCAAUAUGAAACCAUGCCAUGUACAGUGCUGUGAUGCAGGAUCCAAUAUGAAACCAUGCCAUGUACAGUGCUGUGAUGCAUGAUCCAAUAUGAAACCAUGCCAUGUACAGUGCUGUGAUGCAUGAUCCAAUAUGAAACCAUGCCAUGUACAGUGCUGUGGUGCAUGAUCCAUUAUGAAACCAUGCCAUGUACAGUGCUGUGGUGCAGGAUCCAAUAUGAAACCAUGCCAUGUACAGUGCUGUGGUGCAGGAUCCAAGAGCAAAACAAACUGAUAUGAAUGUUUUAAACAUUAAAGUUGCAGGUUACAGUAUUGAGAGUCCUGUCUUGAAUGAUAAUGGUGUCCUUGUUUGUAAUGUAUUAGUAAUAUGAUUGUCAGCAUUGGAUCUGUGGUCCCUGAGCAGGCAUGCUGUUUGCUGCUGUGUCUAGCCUCAAUAUAAACAGUGUACUUUGUGAUGUGGUGGUGUGAUUUGAUCUGAAAGGUUUCUGCAGUCACCUCCUUGUCCAUGCAUUUCAUCCAUUGCUCAGUGUGUUACAUUGACCCCAGUUUGUGUUGCUUUGAAAUCUGCCACUUGAUCAAUUAAACAAAACUUCAAUUCACAAAACAACUCUAAUGAGUGGGGAGCACUGCUGACUCCCGUGCAAUGGACCCAGCACGGGAAGAGACGCUUUCUUGCAUACAGUAUUUAUUUCAAUAGGGAAUCUGGGUGCAGAACCGUUUCAUUAGUCUUAACCCUAACCUCCUCCCAUAUGUGGAUAUGCGUCUACAUUUGACUUCUCAGGAACACAUAAUAGCAUGGUUCACAUAGCCCUUCCAGUCUGGUCUGCUUGACUGUUCACAAGUCUUAGGCAGGCGUUUAUGAAGAGACCUUAUUGAGGUUAAGUGCAUCGUGUCGUGCUGUAUUUGCUUGUACCACACGCUUGUGAGUUGAGGGUGAGCACAGAGAAGCAUGCACGCACCCAGCCUGCAGCGUCUGCUGUUCUCUGCGUCUAUAAUGAAGGUCUUCAAUAACACAGCUCGCCAUGGAACGAGGAUGGAAGAACAAGCGGCUGGGAUUGAGCGAAAGGGAUGUGCUUCAGUUUUGUUUUUGAAUGAGGGGGCGCUCACGCUGCAUGGCACUGCGGAGGCCAAUCGGCUUGAAGACCGUUCCUCUAGCCGGGCUGUGAUUGGCUGGAAGCUGUCUACAGCUGCAAAACUUUGAGGCAAAGUUUUCAGCUUGUAAAGGAUGCGAGUGUGUAUUGUGAGGUCAGAGGAGAAUCGCGAGGGACCGGUUCGCAAUCAUCAUCAUUAACCCAAUCAACAAUGGGCUUGCAAAGCUGACCAGGUCGACUACCUACCCUGUGGACAACAGACCGAGAGCCCACUGACACGCACCCUGCCACAGGAGCCGAACAGACGCGUGGACCUUAUUUUAACUUGAGCAGCGCUUUCUGAAACCGCUAAACAGAAAAUCUGCUUAGGUAUAGCAGACAGCACACGUGUGUUAAACUCUCUAUACAAUAUCAGUAUAUUAUGAAGGGCUGUUUGAUUGCUUAGGAAUACUUUGAUUCAGAAUAAAGGCGGCGCGUUGUGGCUGUGGAUGUUGUGAACAGCGGGUGCGGAAUAAACAGUUUAAGAAUUCGGGUUUGUGAAUUAUUUUAACAUGGAGAUCAUCGUGCACGUCUGUGUGACUGCGUCCAUUCUUCUGCUGACGAGCGAGGCCAGGGGACCCCCACAGGUGACUCGCCGGGUGGAGGAGAGGCAGGCGGUCAGGCUGGGCAGGACGAUCCGGCUGUCCUGCCCGGUGGAGGGAGACCCCCCUCCCCUGACCAUGUGGGUGAAGGACGGCCGUACGGUGCACAGCGGCUGGAGCCGCCACCGCGUCCUGCAGCAGGGACUCAAGAUCAAGGAGGCGGAGACGGGCGACGCUGGGGUCUACGUGUGCAGAGCUACCAACGGCUUCGGCAGCAUCACACUCAACUACACCCUGACCGUCAUCUACGACUCUGCAGCAGGGAGCAGCAGUGAACCAGUCCCUGAGGACCCGCACCCUGAGCCGGCCAGCGAGGACCCCACCGGCAUGCCCUUCGUGAAGCCGCGGUUCACUCAGCCCACCAAGAUGAGGCAGCGGGUCCUGGCGCGGCCGCUGGGCAGCUCGGUGCGACUCAAGUGCCUGGCCAGCGGCAGCCCGCGGCCCGACAUCGCCUGGGUCAAGGACGAGCGGCUCCUCCCCCCCCCGCGGGACAACCAGCGGCCGCAGUGGACACUGACCCUCAAGAACCUGAGGCCAGAGGACAGCGGCCGCUACACCUGCCACGUGUCCAACCGCGCCGGCCAGAUCAACGCCACGUACAAAGUGGACGUCGUGGAGCAGACCAAGUCCAAGCCGAUCCUGACUGGCACUCACCCGGUCAACACCACGGUAGAAUUUGGCGGCACCACCUCGUUCCAGUGCAAGGUGCACAGCGACGUCAAGCCUGUGAUCCAGUGGCUGAAGCGCGUGGACCCGGGGGCCGAGGGGCGCUACAACUCCACGCUGGAGGUGGGGGGCCAGCGCUUCGUGGUGCUGCCCACGGGGGACGUGUGGUCCCGCCCCGAUGGCUCCUACCUCAACAAGCUGAUGAUCGUCCGGGCCAAGGAGGAGGACGCCGGCAUGUACAUCUGCCUGGGAGCCAACACCAUGGGCUACAGCUUCAGGAGCGCCUACCUCACAGUGCUGCCAGACCCCCGUCGGGUGGAGAAGCCGGUGACGCCCCCCCACCUGAGCCCCGGCCUGCCCUGGCCCGUCAUCAUCGGGGUCCCAGCCACAGCGCUCCUCAUUGUGGGCACCAUCGUCCUGUGGCUGUGCCACGCCCGCCGCCGGCACAGCGCUCUGCCCCCCCGGCCCCACCGGGACCCCCCCGCAGCCACGGACAGCCCGGCCGCCACGCCCGACUACCCCACCCAGAGACUGCUCAGCACCGCCCCGGGACUCCCGAGCAAGACCUACUCCAAGGUUUACACGGACGUGCACACUCACACGCACUGCCACGCGGACGGGAAGGUGCACCAGCACCAGCAUUUCCACUACCAGUGUUAACCUGGGCUGCUCCGCACAGACCCUCCCCGCUCCCCAGGGCAGCUCCACGGCUUCAGAGUCAGGGGACUGUGUCUGGGAUCUCCGCAGAGCUCAGGGUCACAUUUGUUGUUCAUUUCUACUGGUGUGAGAAGAACUCUAAAGACUAAAAAAGCAUCAGGUUGAUUCAAGACUGGAGCGGGUUUACCUUGAAUCGAAAAAUAAACAAACCAAGACAGACAGACAGACAGACAGACAGACAGAUAGGCGUUUAUUUUGUUUAGAAGCCUGUCAAUAUUUUUAAAAUUAUGACAUCUUUUUUUUUUUUAAACUGUUAAUUAAUAAAUUAAUAUAAGAAACCCAUAUAUAUAGGUAUAUCAGCUCCUGUUUAAACCUGGAAAUGAAACGGUGAUGAGUGAGCCGAAGACAGCCUGUUUUUAACCCAGCGUUCCUUUCCCCUCAGUGACACCGCAGUGCUGUGUCUGGUGCAGUUUGUCUUCAUGAUGGGAAUGAGCUUCACAGGGUUCAGGGAGAGAGGCGCUUGUCUGUGCUCUGCAUAUACUCCCUGUUCUGUUGAUAAGCUAAGGGAUUUGAAAUUCAAGGAAAUGGACUGACCCUAUAUGGAUCUCGAUCAGACCUGUGAAAAUGGGACAAAAGCCAUAAGUUUGUUACUAACUAAAUACCCCGGUAUCUCUGAACAGAUAAUCAUCUCCUUUUUAAAAAUAUGUGAAUAUCUGAUGAGCAAGACAUCUCACAAGUAGAACGUUCCCCCGAAAUGGUCUCCUCGUUCUAGGAAAGCAGUAGAACUGGGGACGGGGAGUUUGCUGGCAGAUAACUUCACUCAGACUGCUUGCUCUCUAAAUAUCUUGGUGUCCCUGAUUAGAUAUAUAUGUUAUUUAAAAUAUUAAAGAAAGCCAUAUUGUAUUUUUAUACGCAUUGUUUUGUACCUGUUUGCUGAUGAUUUAAUACUGCUGGGAACAAACAGAUCAGCACUGGAGUCUGUUUUAAUAGUGAUUCAUUUCCUCUGUAUAAUGUACAGAACAAUCCCAUUGAAGAAUUGCUGCAUGCAAUGCUUAGAAUUCAGGAGGUACGUUUAGAAAAAAAUAAAAAAUACAUCUCAAA